CCCCGCUCGCCUCACACGACUCCCUCCCUCCCUCCCCGCUCCUUCUCCCCCCGCCAAUCCGGCGAUCCCCCACCCACCUGAUCGCCCCGCGCACCGCGCAGCCCGAGCCCGGCCCCCUCCCCGCGCCGCCUCGCAAUGCCGGGCCUCGCCGCCGCCGAGCAGGACGCCGUCUCGCUGGUGCGCCGCGUCGCCCGGGCCCUCAACCGCCGGAUCUCCGACCUCGUCGCCCUCCUCUUCCGCCACAAGAGCGCGGGGUCCUUGGGCGCCGUCGCGGGCUUCGCCAUCGCCGUCGUCUUCGCGUGGAAGUUCCUGCGCUCCUCCUCGCCCGCGCGGCCCCGCCGCCCCGCCGCCCCCAAGCGGCCCUCGCCCGCCGGCUCCGCGGCGCCUGCACCCGACGACCCGGCUCAGCCCGCCGGCGACUCUGGCACGCUGACGACCCGGCAGAUCGUGGCGAGGCGGCUUGGCGGCUGCAGAAGGGUCACUUGCCAACUAAUUGGUAUUGUAUUUGAGGAGAAAACUCCUGAGGAGCUUCAGAACCAUGCCAUCGUUAAGCCCUCAGUGGUGGAACUACUACUGGAAAUAUCCAAAUACUGUGAUUUUUAUCUGAUGGAAACUGUACUUGAUGAUAAGAGUGAGGAAAAUGCUCUUAUGGCCCUGGAGAGUGCCGGGCUUUUCAAUACUGGUGGCUUGAUGAAAGAAAAGGUACUCUUUUGCAGCAGUGAAGUAGGCCGAACUUCGUUUGUUCGGCAGCUGGAGUCGGAUUUCCACAUCGACACAAGCCUCGAGAUAAUUUCCCAACUAUCUCGGUUCAUUCGGUGCCAACUAUUCGUUUCCUCCAUGGAAGGAGGACAGCUUGCAGCCAAUGUAUUUAACUCUCCGAGCCUGGAGCAGUUCUUCUCUUGAGAACGGUACCAAAACAAAAGGGGUUCACACCCUAUAGCCCAUCGGUUCAAGCUCCGAGGUAUUUCAGGCAAUUCAGUGAUGCCAGCGUCACAGAAGAACCUCAUCAGAAUAUAAAGUGAAGCAGGCAACCGCUGCUGAUCAUGUCACCGCAGCUGUCGCUGGUUCAUUCAGUUGGCCUCCUAGUUGUGCUGUAGUUAAUAACAAUUGUAAGUUAGACUCGUGAGGUUAAUCAUGGCAGUGCGUCCAGGAUGUUGUAAAUCGCAUGGCACAAAGCACUAUCCUCUAUAUAAAGAGAACCUUCUUCAUCGGA